AUGACAGGAGUUAUCGAGACCCCGGAGGCUUCAGACAAAACGGGGGCCAAGCAGAUCGUGCAUGAUGUCGAAGAUCCACCCCUACCCUCGUCUGCUGGCAGUCCCGACAUUGGACCAAUCGUGACCGAGCAUGAGCAACAGAAUCUGAUCCGAGGGCUGUCUCAACGCCAUGUCCAGAUGAUUGCGAUCGCGGGAGCCAUUGUACGCGGCUUCCCAAAUCCGGGAACCGGGCUUUUUCUUGGUCUCGGCGGCUCGAUUGCCACCGGGGGCCCCCUAGGCGCCCUAUUAGGCUACCUAUUUGUUGGAUUGAUCGUUUGCGCCAUUCAAUUUGCCCUGGGUGAAGUCUCGGCCCUGCUGCCAGUGACGGGUUCGUUCGUUCGCCAUGCAGAGAUUCUUGUCGAUCCUGCUCUGGCCUUUGCAAUCGGCUGGAACAUCGUCUACGGAUGUUUCAUCAGUGUUCCCAGCGAGAUUUCCGCCGGGGUAGUGCUGAUUCAGUAUUGGACGGAUAUCAACGCUGCAGUGUGGGUGACGAUUCUGAUUGUGGUAUCCGUGGUCGUCGCUAUCUCCUUCAUCGGCGUGUACGGCGAGGUGGAGUUCAUUUUCGCCAUCCUGAAAAUCCUUCUGGUCAUCUUCGUCGUGAUUCUCGGUCUCGUCAUUGAUCUAGGUGGGAUCCCAGGCAAGCCGCGGCUGGGAUUCCACUACUGGAAGGAUCCAGGCCCCUUUGUUGAAUACAUUUCAACGGGUUCCUGGGGUCACUUUCUGGGCUUCUGGGCAGUCAUGACCAAUGCUGUGUACUCUUUCGCUGGAGUUGAAUCUCUCGCCAUGGCCGCUGCGGAAACGAAAAAUCCGCGUCACAACAUCCCCAAGGCCUGUAAACGAGUCUUCGCGCGGGUCACGAUCUUCUACCUGGCAGCGGUGUUGAUUGUGGGUAUGCUGGUGUCUAGCGCGGAUGAUCGUCUCAGCGACGAGUCUGGUACCGCGGCGCAGAGUCCCUUUGUGAUCGCGGCUGGUGAUGCGGGAAUCAAGGCUAUUCCCUCCAUUGUGAAUGCCGUGUGCUUGACCUCUGCGUGGUCCGCAUCCAACCAGAGCAUUCUGGCCGGAACACGAACUCUAUAUGGUCUCGCGCUCAAAGGCCAUGCGCCCCAGAUCUUCCUCCGGACUACUAAGUGGGGAGUCCCAUACAUGUGUGUUCUGCUGCAGGUGGCCUUCUCACUUCUGGCGUAUAUGUGUGUUUCCAACAACGCGUUGACGGUCUUCUGGUGGUUCGUUGAUCUCACGGCAGCUGGCACCUUGGUUUCUUGGAUCUGUAUUGCCCUGAAUCACAUUCGCUUGUUGCAAGCCUUGAAGAAACAGGGCAUUUCCCCGGAUGCUCUGCCAUGGCAUAACCGCAUUACAAGAUACACGAGCUGGUUUGCCUUGAUUGCAUGCGUGGUCAUUUUGUUCACCGGUGGCUUCACGGUGUUUACUAAGGGCAAUUGGUACACUGCCUCCUUCGUUUCAAGCUAUUUAGAUAUUCCCCUUGUUCUUUGUGCAUAUGGAGGCUACAAGGCAAUUCGGCGGACAAAAAUCAUUCCCCUCGACGUGGUGCCAUUGCGCCAGGCACUGUAUGAAGCAGAGAAUGAUCCUGAGAAUGUUCCUCUCAAAAAAGACAGUCUGCUCUCAAAGAUGAAUAUCUUAUGGGGAUGA